AGCUCUUGUGUCCGAAUUAGACACGAAUUGAAGCAUUUGUGUGGAGUGUUUCCAUAAUAUAUAUGUAUUAGUGCUACUGUUGUGGUUUAUCAGCACACACCCACGAGUUAGCUAACAAGUCCGCUAACGUUAGCGAAACAUCCCAGAUGCUAACCCAGUUAACUAGUAGCUCAGGAGAUAUGUUCCUCAAUCGUUUGUGAUGUUAAAUAUUUAAACUAUUAAACUAUUCUUGUGGAUCUUUCUGAAACACGUUUUAGCUUUGGACUCAAAUUCAAUAGUAGAAUUGUACCAAAGUGGAUGCAUCAUGCUUUUAGCAAAACACUGUGCUGUUUUAAUCAAGACAUGUCUUAAUGCAAGCUGUUACAGUCGUGGAUGUAAAAGUUACAGAUAUGUCGGCGGAUACCAAGAUUGCCGAGCUGCUCACAGAGCUCCAUGAACUCAUCAAACAGACUCAGGAGGAGAGGUCGCGCAGUGAACACAAUCUGCUCAACAUUCAGAAAACACACGAAAGGAUGCAGACAGAAAACAAAACUUCUCCAUACUACCGGACCAAGUUAAGAGGAUUGUACACAACAGCCAAAGCAGAUGCUGAGGCAGAGUGCAGUAUCCUACGUCAUGCUCUGGACAAAAUAGCGGAGAUUAAAUCUUUGUUGGAGGAGAGGAGAAUAGCUGCUAAGAUGGCAGGCGUUUAUAGCGACAGCGACCCUCCCAGGAAAACAAUGAGGCGUGGUGUCCUGAUGACCCUCCUCCAACAGUCAGCCAUGACGCUUCCUUUGUGGAUUGGAAAGCCAGGGGAGAGCCCUCCACCUCUGUGUGGGGCGACCCCAGCUAGCGGUGACUAUGUGGCCAAACAAGGAGACAAGGUGGCUGCCAGGGUGAAAGCUGUAGACGGAGAUGAGCAGUGGAUUCUUGCAGAGGUGGUCAGCUACAGCCACUCCACCAACAAAUAUGAAGUAGAUGACAUUGAUGAAGAGGGCAAAGAGAGACACACUCUCAGCAGACGGCGAAUCAUCCCUCUUCCUCAGUGGAAGGCCAACCCAGAGACGGACCCUGAAGCCCUCUUCAGUAAGGACCAGCUGGUGCUGGCCCUCUACCCCCAGACCACCUGCUUCUACCGGGCCCUCAUCCACACACCACCACACAGGCCACAGGACGACUACUCAGUGCUCUUUGAGGACACAUCAUAUGCUGAUGGUUACUCCCCACCUCUUAAUGUGGCUCAGCGAUACGUGGUUGCCUGCAAAGAGAACAAAAAGAAGUGAUGAACAACCAGAUAUUAGGAUCAAACUUAUACCAAACCACUGCAUUAAAGCCUCUUUGGCAGUAUUCUUAUAUUUACAGGUGACAUUGGUUUCAAUUUUAAUAUAAAUUAUGAUAAUAAAUUUUGUUAAAUCAGAAAUCUCUAAGCAUUUGUAGCAGAUAAACAAAUAUUCAUCACUGCUCUAAGCCAUAUUGUACAAAUUCAACAGGUUUUAAGUAUAUACAAAAAUAUAUUGUAGCAGUUUCCUUAAUGACUGAACAUUUAUUUGCAGAAGCAUCCAAUGGGAGGAACAUUUCCACAUAUCUAUAUUUGCAACUGCUGUUUGUUUAUUUUGUUAUGAAGGGUAAGACCCUAAACUGUAUUUUUUAUAAGUUUUAUAUGUGUCCUGUGAAACAAAACAAAGAUGAGAGAUGAGGUGUUGAAAAACUGUGUUCAGUCUGUCUUGCUUCUUUCAGACACUAAAAAAACAACAAAAAAGUAUUUAAUGGGGAUUUUCUGCAAUAAAAUUUAAACAGGUGGA